AUGAACUUUGCUGGGAUGCUUGUGAAAUCCGCAGGCUACCUGGUACAAGAGUUGUUGUGGACUUUCAUCAAGCCGCAGGUGUCUGUCGAGGUGCCCGCCGGCUCUGGUCCGGACGGACUCAGCCCUUCGCCCAUGCCGAUAAUAGAGACGUAUCGACACCACUCUCCCAAGAUUCCUACAUGGUCCUGGGCGUCCAUGGUCCUUCGCCAUUACGAGACGAUGUGCCGCCCCGAGGAGAUGUAUUUCCCUUACCGGCAAGUCAUGGGAACUUGGUCAAAGGACGAGUCCUUCCGGCUUGAAAGGUCGAAAUGCGCCCCACGCGUCGGGGGCCGUGGGGACAGCUUCUUGGCCGCAAACUGGGUUCUACAGGUGGCCGGAAAGAUGAUCACGGCAGAAUUCACCGGCUGGCAAGUCAUGAGCGCAGUAGACCCGGCUGUUGGGCAUCCUUACCUCUUCAAAAUGUUGAUGUCUAUACACCCAGUCCCAGCCCUCAAGCCUACGUACGACGGAUCGUUCUUUCAGCCCGAUUGCUCUCAAUGGCCGAAGUCACUCGAUGCGGAAGAUCCUCUCAGCAAGCGCGUGGAACUCCUCCUGUUGGGCAGGGUACAGGUGGCCGGCACAUCUGCACCACCUGGAUGCGAGUCCGAGUCGAAAUAUAUUGACGUAGGCCUGGUAUUGCGCAAGUCUUCGCGAAACUAUGCCACAAAUGCAUACGAGCGCCUCGGCACGUUUGUUGCGCUAGCCGAGCAUGAGAUGUUUGAAGGAUGCAGUGUACAAGACAUAGCUCUGGUAUAA